AUGAUGAAAUCGUCUUCUUCGUUUACGACGACGAUUCAGACGACUGGACAAAGAAGAACGAGACACAGAAGAAGAAACAAAGCGAUUUUAGCGCAAAACGAUGAACAGACGACGAUAAUUCAAACGAUUCAGACAAAUAAUAAUAGAAGACCAACAACAAAUGUAUUAUCCAAAGAAGAACUUUUGUGCAAACCGAACGAAUCCGUCUCGCAGUUGGCUGCCGCUCAAGCCGCUAAGAAAAACGUUGUUUCAACUCCCGCAAAUUCUAGUUCAGUGAUAAAAAACGCGCUCAUCAACGCGAACGCGUUGAGUGCGCAGGCAUUUUACCUUCCGUACGUCGCGUUGGCGGCGGUGACGAUUAAGAAGAUUUUGGAUACGCCGUCGCGAGCGUACGUGGACGGAGCGAAUACGGUAGGCUCGGAAUACGACGCGUGGACCGAGGAAGGCAUUUUAGAGUACUAUUGGGGGGAACACAUCCAUCUCGGGUGGUACGAAGACGAAGAUUUAGCGAACGGGGCUGGAACGUUGUUAGGAAACGACGUGACGGAUUUCAAAGAAGCUAAGUUUGCGUUCGUGGAUAAAAUGUGCGAUUGGUCCAUUCAAGAUUUGUUCGGGAAGCAACCUGCGAAUAUUUUAGACGUGGGAUGCGGGAUUGGAGGCGCGAGCAGACACUUGGCGAAACGGUACGGGAACGGAACUACAGUCACUGGGAUCACCUUAUCGCCGAACCAAAGAGACCGCGCGACUGAAUUAGCCAAGGAACAAAACGUUCCAAACGCUGAAUUCAAAGUCAUGAACGCGUUAGAGAUGACGUUCCCGGACGACACGUUCGAUGCCGUCUGGGCGUGCGAAAGCGGCGAACACAUGCCAGAUAAGAAGAAAUACGUGGAAGAGAUGAUUCGAGUGUUGAAACCGGGAGGAGUUCUCGUCGUCGCCACUUGGUGCCAACGCGACGCCGACGAAACAAAAAACCCAUUCACCGAAGACGAAAAGAAAAACUUACAAUUUUUAUACGAAGAGUGGGCGCACCCGUACUUUGUCUCCUACGAAGAAUACGAACGAUUAAUGCGAAACACUCACGUCAUGGAAAAAGUUCAAGGCGAAAACUGGGUCAAAAACACCAUCGCCUCGUGGCGACACUCCAUUUGGGUCGGCGUCUGGGACCCGUGGCCGGUCGUUUUCGCCGGUCCCAGGAUUUGGUACAAAACCAUCCGCGAGAUUGUGACGCUCGAGCGCAUGCAUCGAGCCUUCGAUCGAGGGCUCAUGACUUACGGAUUGAUUAAAGGUCGGAAAAAAGAAGAAAUCGUACGAGAUAAGGACGACGCGUUCUAUAGCUGGUAA